ACUCGCGAGCUUCGUUUUCUCAGCUCCUGCUGUAGCUGCUAGUUGCGCUUGCUCGUCGCCGAGUCUUCAUGCUCACUCCGUCGACUCUCACCAUCGCUGCUUCUUCUCCGUGCGGCUGCGAGCUAGCUUCGUUCUGUUUUCGAGCUAGUGCUGACUUCGACCUGGUGUACAGAAGUUCAGAAUGCCUGUUAGGGAGUACGAGCUUCUCUUUGGCUCUUAACCUGAUAUUAGAGUCCAAGCUGUUGCGACGUUGGUCAAGAGAGUGCCCUUGGUUGCAAAGAAGUUGCUGCAUUUAUACGAAAUAAGAUAACAAGUACUUAGGCCACAAUGAGACUCCAGAGACAAGUUCUUAUGACUACUGCGGACUUGAUUUGUCCGUUCUCUAUUGUUUCUAAAGUUUUUUAAAUGAAAUCUAUUGCUCAAUCUAGAUCAUCACCUUUAGAACUUCAUACAGUGAAGGGUCGAUGUCGGUUUUAGUCAGUUGUUAGUGGUUGGACUGGGUGAGGCAGCCGCUAAAUAUUUGUGGAAGUGACGGAUUUUUCAUUGUUGACGAACGAAUGGCGGGAGUCAACCUCUUCCCCUCCUUGCGAGGGGCACAACUCGUUUUCAACACAAUGGUGUGUUUUACCCUUCUACUUCCUCUUGCACUUGGCACUGUUGCCUCUGAGAGUUUGGUAACUGCAGCAGCCUCAAAAGUUCCGGCAGUACCUGUCCCGGCACCUGUUCGUGCACCAGCACCUGCUCCUAAAAUUCUAACUCUCCACGAAAAAGUGGUAACGUCCUUGCGAUCAGCUGGUCACUAUGGUGCUAUCGCUGGUCUUCUUGACAGCCUCCCUAAUAACAACAUCAUCAAGACGGGGAUGACACUUUUAGCUCCAAACGAUAACGCUUUCAGCAACGUUCUGAUGAAUUCCACCACUUACCUGACCACUCUCUUAACUUACCACGGAGCAGCGAAGGUCUACAGCUACGAGGGACUUUUGAAUCUUCCCGUGGGCACGAAGAUUCCAUCUACUGCAGCGAACGUAGUAAUAGUUGUCACGAGCAAUUCAAAAGGCGCCUACAAAUUGGAUGACUCCCAAAUUGUUGACCCCGAUAUUUUUGUAGACAAUACGGUUGCUGUUCAUGGUAUCGACAACGUGCUGAACACGGCGAAAUACAACAAGGGAGUUGUAGCACCUGAAGCUGCUCCUGCCCCGGUGGAUGCAAGUCCAAUUGCUCCUGCUCGUGCUGGUCCUCCUGCUCCCCCAGGUUCCAUUGUAAACCCUGGUGGAUCCGGAGGAGACGCUACAGAUGGCCCCAGUUACUCCCCUGAUUCGACUCCGCAGUUGAUAAAUCCGAAUGGUGCCUCAGUCGUCCCCAAGUCCAGCCUUCUCGAUGUUUCACUGAUAGCGUUGUGGUUAUUUCUAAUUCCAGUACUUGCUUGGUAGCCUAUAAGAGCCCAGACGUUUUCGUACGUAUAUAGUUUGAAAAGUUGUCACUAUGGAGAGUAAGUUGUAGAUUUUUGUGUUUGCCGAGCGUAGGCGCAUCCAUGCCCACAUGCUUCACGAUUAAACAGAACCCAAGCCCCAUUCUUACACUAGAGUAGUUGUUCAUAAGACUUUAUUGAAGUUUGGGAAUCCUUUUGUUGGUGCCAGCUCCAUUUCUGAUAUACGUUCCUGUGUUCUUGAAGUUAAAUGGAAUUUUCAUCCGUCAAGAUCGUUGGCUUGUCGUUUCUCAGUA